AUGGAAAAUCAAACCGAAGUGACUGAAUUUAUUAUCCUGGGACUUUCCAAUGACCCACAGAUGCAGAUUUUCCUCUUCCUGGUGUUUUUAGUUGUCUACCUAAUCACACUUUUGGCAAACAUGGUGAUCAUGGUGGUGAUAAGGACUGAUCCUCACCUUCACAUGCCAAUGUAUUUCUUCCUGUCUCAUUUAUCCUUUGUUGAUAUCUGCUAUUCCUCAGCCAUUGUCCCUAAUAUGUUGGUGCAUUUCCUAGCAGAGCACAAAAGCAUUUCUGUCAAUAACUGCAUUGCACAGGUGUUCUUCAUUUUCCUGCUGGCUGCUACUGAAAUUUUUAUUCUCUCAGCAAUGGCUUAUGACCGCUACACUGCCAUCUGUGACCCAUUGCGUUACAUGGAGAUAAUGAGCAAAGGGAUCUGUGUUCAGCUGGUGAGUGGGGCAUGGACAAUAGGCUUCUUCCAUGCCCUGCUUAACACUAUUUUUACCUCCAAGUUGCAUUUCUGUGGGCCCAAUCAAAUCAGCCAUUUCAGCUGUGAGCUCCCUCCUCUAUUACAACGAUCCUGCACUGACACCUUCACCAAUCAAGUGGUGCUUCUUACUUCUAUUGCGAUAUUUGGAUCAAGCUCCUUUCUCUUCACUCUGGUCUCCUACAUUCACAUCAUCUCCACCAUCCUGAGGAUACGGUCAGCGGAGGGCAGGCGUAAAGCCUUCUCCACCUGCAGCUCCCACCUUAUUGUGGUUGGUUUGUUGUACUUGACAGCUUUUUUCCAGUACACAAAACCCAGCUCAGUGUCUUCUGAAGUGUUGGAUGAAAUGUUUUCCAUUCAGUACAGUGUCUUGACCCCCAUGUUAAACCCCAUCAUCUACAGCCUGAAAAACAAGGAGGUGAAAACAGCUGUAGGGAAAAUGUUGGGAAAAGCAAAUUUCUCAAGUAGUGUCAAUGUUAUUUUAUUUUUUUAA